AUAAAACGUUAUAUAUUACAUAACAAAGAUUCAGAUAAUAUACUUUUAAAAGAAAGAUUCCCAAAUAUUGAAAUUGACAAACAGAAAGACUUAUCUCAUGAUGAAAAAGUAACGAAAAGAAAAAAUAAACAAUUAAAAAAAAGUUUAUUAAAUAAAUCGCACUACUAUACAGAAAUAAUAGAUUAUAAUAAUGCAAUUUUUGAUGGAAAACACUUCCAUUUUGAAAAAAAAUGGAUUAAAAAAAAAAAUUAUGAUGAUUUUCUUGAUAAGAAGAGGAGAAUUUGUGAUAUAUUAUUAAGCAGUUACGGAUUGGCAGCUUUUAUAUUUUUUCUUUUUAUGUUGAUCGGAAUAGGAUUGCCAAUAUUACGUGGAUUAGGGUAUAUGGAAGGAAAAAUAAAUAUUCCUUUUAGUUCACAAGAAUUGCUUGAUACUGUGAAAUCUAUUGUAGACACUCUUUGUCCAGAAAAAUAUUCUUAUCUAAUAAUGUUCUCACUAAUUAUCUUUAUAUUAUCUGUCAUAAUUAUAAUAGCUCUUCCUAAGAUCUUAAGAAAUAAUGAAAAAUACAAGAAAAUUAAGUUGACGAGAGAGUAA